GAGAAAGUGUGUAUUUUUUUUUUUUAUGAAAAUACAACAAUAAAAGAGCACGUUAAGAAGGUGAUGAAGAUUGGGCUUUGGCACUCUGCCAUCUCCCAAACCAACUAAGCCAAACAAAACCCUUUUUUCUUCUAACCUCAAUACACUUUCUUGAACACAAUCGCCAUGGAAGACGAUGAUGACUUCGGUGGUUUAUACACCGAUCUUCCUCAGCCCUUCGCUCCUUCCUCUCCUUCUCCUCCUAAAGCUCAACCCAUUCACAGCCAGCAAUCACCUCAACAAUCUCCGCGCCACGCGGAACACGUAAUCGCUGAUUCCAACGUCACCGCUGAACCUUCCGUUGAUUUGAUUGACAGUGACGUCAAAUUCGACAUCGAGGAUGAGGAAAUCGACGACGAGCCACUCAUUCCGGGACUAACAGGAGACGCCGUAGAAGCUUCCAGAAGAAUCGGCGAAGGUGAUGAUUGGGAAGACAGCGAUGAUAGCGAGGAUGACCUGCAGAUUGUGUUGGACGGUGGCCUUGGCCUUCCUGAUGUCCGCGAUGACGGUGGCCUCGAGGUUGAGGCUGCAGCUGACUACACUGAGGAGCGCGAUUGGGGCGAGAAUUCCACUCAACCGCUUGAUGGUGAGAAGAAGGAAGCGGGAGAGUCGGUGAGAGUACUUGCGCCGAAAAUUGGGUACAGCAAUCAGGGUUAUCAUCAUCCUUUUCAUUCUCAGUUUAAGUAUGUCAGGCCAGGUGCAGCAUCCAUCCCUGCAGCAACUAGUUCUACUCCAGGAGGUCCUCUUGGUCAGAUUCGUCCACAAGCUAACAUGAAUCCUUUGGCCGGUCAUGGCAGAGGGGAUUGGAGACCAGCUGUAAUAAAAGGUGCUGCAGCCAUGCAAAAAGGUUUUCAAGCAGGUUCUGGAUUACCUAUGCGGGGACACAGUGCAGGAGGACGGGGCUUUGGUGGUGGAUUGGAAUUUGUGCUUCCUUCUCAAAAGACAAUAUUUGAUGUUGAUAUUGAUAGUUUUGAGGAGAAACCAUGGAAAUAUCCUGGUGUUGAUGUAUCAGAAUUUUUCAACUUCGGUUUGAAUGAUAAUACCUGGAAAGAUUAUUGCAAACAACUGGAACAACUACGGCUGGAGUCUACCAUGCAAAGCAAGAUCCAUGUUUAUGAGAGGGGUCGAACAGAGCAGGACUAUGAUCCAGAUUUGCCCCCUGAAUUAGCUGCAGCUUCUGGUAUACAUGAUGUUCCUGUUAAUAAUGGUAAUUAUGUAAAGUCAGAUGUUGGACAAAAUGAUCUAAUAAAAGGUUCUGGACCUAUGCGACCACCAAUUCCAACUGGGAGAGCAAUACAGGUGGAAAGUGGUUCUGGUGAUCGUCUUCCUUCCAUUGACACCCGACCUCCUCGAAUCCGUGAUUCGGAUGCUAUCAUUGAGAUUGUUUUACAGGAUCCAGCAGAUGAUGUUUCCAAUGCAAAAAUUGAUGAUCAAGAUCAACAAGAGGGUGAUGAGCCCCAGAAAAAGGAUUUUACUGAUGACCAUGUAUCUGGAUAUGAAAUUCCAAGGUUAGAGUCCAAGUAUUUUAAUGGUCAAAAGGGAGAGCUGAUUGGAAGAAGAAUGCUCAAUAUGAAAGCCAGUCCUACUAGCAUACCCAUAGAAGAUGAACAUUUGCCCUUCCCCCAGGAAAAGACAAAUGACUACUCUGAUUCUAGGAAAAUGCAAGGAAGUGCAUGUGAUGAUCAGUCUCCCCGUUUUACUUGUAGUCGAGAAGUGACAAUUGUUGACAAUAAAAAAGAAGGGUCGGUUGAAAGCAUGGAAGCUAGACAUAGUGCACACUUGUCAUUUCCUGUCGUUGAGGAUGUGAAGGAAUCCAGCAUUGAAAACAAUCAGCUUGAGAAAGCUCGGACAACUGAUAGAACUUCCAGGUUGGAAAAGGGAGAUAGAGACUUAAAUGCAGUGGACAACAGAGAUGUCAUUAAGGAUGGGGUAGCAGAGAGACAGAAAAUAACAUCUCAAGUUGAGCAACCUUUGCUUGGGGAUGGAAGUGAUUGUGAGGACUCAAAAUCUGUAAGAAGUAGUGAUAACAGCAAAGCAAUAUCAGAAAGCAGCAGGGAUUAUCAUAAGCAAUGGGAUGGUUUUGAAGUACGUCAGGAUCCUCAUGAUGUUCAUCUGGGUAGCAUUAGAAUGCAAUCUCAUGAUAAUGAGCAGGUAUUCCAUAGAAGAGAGCAAGAUGGGGGCAAAAAAACAGAGACAAACGGUAUGGUGAUUAGAAGUAGAGAGAAUUCAUACUCUCACAAGGACCGACACCCUAGCUCGGCACAUCAAUCACACAUAAAGAUUGAUGGCUUUGAAAGUCAAAGAGAUAGGGUUAGCUAUGACAUGGAUUGGGAACGUAGAAAUGAUGAUCUCUAUGGAAAAAGGGUUAAACAUGAUGAGCCAAGAAAGAGGGAUAAGGGUAGGGUUCGUGAAAAGGAGAGAAGCGACAAUGAUGAUUCCUUUCGAUCAAGAAAACAGUUGGAUAAUGGUACCUACAGGGUUCCAUAUGACAAGGACGUCAGGUCAAGAGUCUCAAGACACAAAGAAAGAGAUGAUAGCUUGAAAGAUAAGCAUGAAGCUUUGGAGGAUUUCCGUAACAAGAGGAGGAAGAAUGAGGAAUAUCUUAGGAGGGAGCAUGUAGCCAAAGAAGUUGUGCGUGGGUAUAGAGAAAAUGUCAAUCGGCACAAGCCAGAAAAGGAUUCAGUAUUGGAUCCACGGAAGAGAGAUGAGCAUCAAAGAAGUAGAGUUGACCUUGAUGUUCAAUAUGCUGCCAGACAAAAAAACGAGGCCUGGCUACUGAGGGAGAGGGGUAAUAGGAAGAGAGAUAGAGAGGAGUGGCAUCAGGUGAAACAGUCUCGCGAAGAACAUCCAUUCAAGCGUGAAAGAGGAGGUCGAGAUUCUGUAAGAAGUGGACGAGAAGCUGAAGAAAAGAUAUUGGCUGGCCUUGUUAGGGCUAAGGAUGAACAUAAAGUUUCGGAGAAAGAAUACCAACAUAGAGAAGCAAUGCGACACAGUGACCAAUUGAAAACAACGGAUCGAGUUAAGGGUGAAAGCCCACACCGUAAGGGGCAUGACGAUGCUAAUGUCCGUGGAAAUCAAUACAACAGUGAGGAAAGGCGAUCCAGGGAGGACAAAUCAAGUAAUCGAGGUUAUUGUGCCACUAAUUCUUUAGAUACUCAAAGAGUUCACGAGAGAAAGCGUGAUGACGACUCUAGGAAAAGCAAAGAACCCAUUGUUGGUAGUUUAGGCACGUCCAACAAAAGUCCAGAAGCUCAAAGUGGUCAGACCAAUUUCAAGGGCAUGAAAGGCUCUGGCGAUGAAGAUCAUGCAGAGGAUGAAAUCCCAGGGCAUCGGCUGUCCAGAAAAAGGAAUGGAGAAGCCAACUCAGAUGAUGAACAGCAAGAUUCUCAACGAGGACGUUCUAAAUAUGACCGCUGGACAAAGGAUUUCAGUAACAGCAGCAAGUCGUCAUCUUCCUUAAAGUUCAAGGACCUUGAGAAAGAUAAUAAUGAUAGGUCUUCUGAAUCUGGGAAACCUGUUGACGACGAAUCUACUAAGUUAGUUUAUACCAAUCACCAACCACAUUUAUCAGUUGAGGGGAAGGGUUUUGUAGAUGUGGAGAUGAAGGAUGCUAAAGCUAAAGAAUUAGAGGAUCAGCACCCUGAUACUGUUGAUAAAUUGAAGAAGCGUAGUGAGCGGUUCAGGGUUCCAAGGCCAAGCGAGAAAGAGGCAGCUGUCAAGAAGUUAGAGGAUGAAAAUCCAAUGGAUUUUUCAGAGGUCAAACAAGAGCGACCACCCCGGAAAAGGAGGUGGAUAGGUAACUAGAUGAGAAAUCUGGGAGCUUAUUAUCUGACUACAAAUCUCGUUUAUUUUUUACCCCACGAAAAUGUAUGCCUGGCCUAAUUUUUGUAAAUUCUAGCAGGCUCCACUUCCACCCAUUAAGACAUUCAAAACUCCUUUACCAUAAUUCCUGAUGGAUAACCCCAAUUUAGGUUUAUUAGUGCAUUGUGAUUUUGAAUAAUUUGUUGAAAGUAACAUUUUUAGUGUUUGACAUUAUAUGUAGUUAGACCAUUUUUGUAACCACGCACCCAAUACAUUAUUAUACACUGUAUAUAUUGGUAAAAUGUAGACCUUGAAAUUUCACAAUACAUACACGUUUAUCUGUGUCUAAAUGUGAUCCAUAUCGUAAUUUGAUAUGGGUUAUGAGAAUUAUGGGAUUAGCAUGACCGAGGCUUGUUGCAAUAUUGCUGGUGAUGCACGAGCCUUAUACUGGCAGUGUUCCUCUUGUGACCGAGAUGUUCCAAGUGUCAGAAACCAGAGACAUCCCUGGUGAAGGACGGUCUGAGGUGGAUGCUGCUUACUUCCUAACCUCUCUUUGGUGAUUGAAUAUGAGAUGUCAGCAAUGAUUGUUCUUAUUGUAAACUGUAAGUUAAUAUUGAUUACUGUUUUUUCCAACAAGAGGAUGAUUAUACAAUAAUUUUAGCUCUGUGCUUGGCUGUAUCUAGAUGUUAAUGAAAUGUAGUUCAUGAAUUUCUGUAGUAAUAACAGAAGGCAUCAGCAAAAAAUAAUCCAUUUACAAAUCUUU